AUGAAUGACCCCACGACCGGAACAAUCGAAAAGCGGACAAAACAACAUUGCGCGCCAGGCGCACUAUAUCAUUUGUCCACACAAGGACGACAUCUCAGCGGCCGAAGUCCAAAGCCUUUCCCUUAUCAACGUCCAUUCAAUUCGCGUUCAUUGCAAGUCCACUCUCUCUCUCUAAAGCGUCUCUCUGUCAUCUUCGUCUACUCCAGACCUGUUGCUCGUUCUCGUAUACUCUCUAGGGGUUUCGAGGAGAUGGCCACCAUGGAGAGUUUGAUUGGUCUGGUGAACCGAAUCCAGAGGGCUUGUACUGCGCUUGGAGACUAUGGAGGCGAUGACUCUGCGUUUUCUUCUCUCUGGGACGCUCUUCCCUCUGUCGCCGUCGUCGGUGGACAGAGGAGAUUGAGGAGUUCUGGAAAAUCUUCGGUACUGGAGAGUAUAGUUGGGAGAGAUUUCCUUCCUCGAGGAUCGGGGAUUGUAACAAGGAGGCCUUUGGUGCUGCAACUGUAUAAAAUAGAGGACGGCCAGGAGUACGCCGAGUUUUCUCAUCUACCUCGGAGGAAAUUCACUGAUUUCUCCAUGGUCCGCAAGGAAAUUCAGGAUGAAACUGAUAGGGUAACGGAAAGACCAAACAGAUUUCUCCUAUUCCAAUCCAUCUUAGUAUAUACUCUCCACAUGGUGGAAGGACAACCUGAGAGUAUUGUUCAAGAGAUAGAGAACAUGGUGCGAUCUUACAUUGAAAAGCCUAACUGCAUCAUUUUGGCAAUAUCUCCAGCCAAUCAAGACAUAGCAACAUCGGAUGCUAUCAAACUUGCAAGGGAGGUGGAUCCAACUGUAUAUUGUGCUAUGGAUCAGGCCCAUAAUACAAGACUUGCUGUUCUUGAAGGGAGGGCCUAUCGUCUACAACAUCCCUGGGUUGGAAUUGUGAAUCGAUCUCAAGCUGAUAUAAUUAAAAAUGUUGAUAUGGUUGUAGCAAGGCGGAAGGAACGUGAAUACUUUGCUACAAGUCCUGACUAUGGACACUUGGCAAGUAAAAUGGGUUCAGAGUACCUUGCAAAACUUCUAUCCAGGCACCUGGAGUCCUUCAUUAGGGCAAGAAUACCAAGCAUCACAUCUUUGAUUAACAAGAACAUUGAUGAACUUGAAUCUGAGAUGGACCAUCUUGGUAGGCCUAUUGGUGGUGAUGCUGGGGCUCAAUUGUACACUAUUUUGGAACUAUGCCGUGCUUUUGACCGUAUAUUUAAGGAGCACCUUGAUGGAGGUCGACCUGGAGGCGAUCGGAUUUAUGGAGUAUUUGACAAUCAACUUCCUGCUGCUCUGAGGAAGCUUCCAUUUGAUAGGCAUCUUUCUCUACAGAGUGUGAGGAAGAUUGUCUCAGAGGCUGAUGGCUACCAACCUCACUUGAUUGCACCUGAGCAAGGGGCCCAGCUGAAGCUUCAGUUGAUGCUAAAAUCAAUUGGAGAAACUCAGGAGUUGAGGCGGUUUCCUACCCUGCAAGCUGAAAUAGCGGGUGCUGCUGGUGAAUCCUUGGAAAGGUUUCGUGAGGACAGUAAGAAGACAGUUCUGAGAAUGGUCGAUAUGGAGUCUUCUUACCUGACAGAAACUGCCCAGGAGGUAGAGAAAGGGGGGAACCCUGCUGUCACAAAUGUGGAUCGCUACACAGAGGGGCACUACAGGAGGAUAGCAUUGAAUGUGUCUUCUUAUGUGAACAUGGUGUCUGAAACACUCAGGAACACCAUUCCCAAGGCAGUGGUUUUUUGCCAGGUGAAGGAGGCUAAACACUCGUUGCUCAAUCACUUCUACACACAAAUUGGCAGGAAAGAGGCUAAACAGCUUGCCCAGCUGUUGGAUGAAGAUCCAGCAUUGAUGGAGAGGAGGCAACAAUGUGCAAAAAGGCUCGAACUGUACAAGGCUGCCAGAGACGAGAUCGAUUCUGUGUUAUGGUUCUCUGAUCAGAGAUGGACAAAUUGA